CCCUUCCUAUGGCAGACGCCAUCGGAAAAAAUGUGCCAUGGUGGCAGCCUCCCGCUCCGGUCAUGAUAAAAUAAACGCUUAGCUGGCAGGCGACCGGAACGGUCAGUAAUUUGAUGCCGCUGUUUUCAUUCGAAAAGCGCACUUUAAAACACGUUCUGCAGUGUUCUAACGCAUACAACUGCUAGAACGUUAAACAAAGACAAAAUAUAGACGCUUUCUUAAGUAAACUUACAUAUGUUUUUAAGAAAAAAAACCUCAUUGUUCCGGACUUGCUAACGCGGAGUAGUUGGAAGUGUUUGUGCGUCUAUUUUCAAGUGUUUUUAAGUGGUUGACGACAGUAUAACGAGAUAAAGUUUUGAAAAAGCGAUGGAAAGUGAGAGAAGUUUGCGGGUGAGGGGAGGCAGUGCAAGAGCAACAGGCGUGCGCACUCGCGGAGGUCGUUCGAGUGUUGCCACACGUGGUGGUUCACGAAAAGGAAGGGUACGAGGUAGAGGAAGGGGGUGCCCGCGGUCUUCUGUUGAACAGAGGCCGUCGGCAAGUUGCGCAUUUAACCUUAUUGCAAUUGAGGAUUUGCCCGCUGGGGAACCGAUAGAGCAGGCAUUGACGGAGCGAAGUAAGCGUUCAUGGAACCCCCGAAAUUAUGAACCUGACGGAGAGGACAUUCCAGUAAUUUUGUCUUCACCUGCGAUUCCGCCAUCACCGGCAAUGUACGUUGAAUGUGGCGGCAGUGGUACGAGCACGCCAUCUUCUAGAUAUAAUAUACAGAUUUCUGUACAUGGCAGCCGUAGUCCUUCGCCGUCACAUAAACGUGUGCGUCGAUCGCUUUGCCCAGACCAAGAACAUGAUAUUACGAACAGAGAUUCUAUUUCAUCGCUACGUCGACCGCUACGAGACUCUGAAAUUUGCUACUUGUUGCACUAUGGAAGUGACGACGAUGACAGCGAUGAUGAGAGCCAGAAUGAUAACGACGAAAUCGUUCCCAUGAUUAUCCCCCGGGCAGCUGGAAUACUGAUGGACACUCCGGACGACGAGGAGAUUGAGAUUGACACGGCGGCGGCAACUAAACCUCUUGUGACAUCUUCCUCGCCUUCCAUCAUUUCAGCACCUUUUUUUUUUUUUUUUUUUUUUUUUUAUUGCCUUUGUAGGCAGACGGGCAUACGGCCCACCUGAUGGUGAGUGGUUACCGUCGCCCAUGGACUUCAGCAAUGCCAGGGGCAGAGCCAAGCCGCUGCCUACCGCUUAAUACUCUCCACAAGCCUCGUUUGAAGAAGGACAUGUCAUAGCGCUCGGGAAACACCGCGGAGGGGAGCUCAUUCCAUAGCCGGAUGGUACGUGGCAAAAAAGAUCUCUGGAAACGCACUGUGGAUGACCGCAGCGGCUCCAGGUAGUAUGGAUGAACUCUACUCCGGUGGCGGGCGGUGCGAUGGUAAAAACGAGAUGCUGGUAUCAUCUCGAACAAUUCCUCAGAGCACUCCCCAUGGAACAUACGGUAUAAAAUACAGAGGGAACCGAAGUCCCUCCGCAAACCCAGAGGCUCCAAACGAUCCGAGAGAAUGGGAUUAUCGACAAUCCGAACGGCCCUCCUCUGUAUGGAGUCAAAUGGAAGAAGCUGGUAUUUGGGAGCCCCGGCCCAGAGAU